GAUCCUGACUCUCAAUCGUCCACGCGCCGUGCGACGCGUCAGACGCCUGUGCAUCCUCCACCAGUUCCCGCGUCUGCGCUGCUGCCGGUGCCGGUGCCGGCGACGAACAAGAUGGCCGCCGCUCCUCUGCCUGCCGUGACGGCCGUUCCUCUGCCUCAGAUGCUCAUGCCAGAUCCGCAAAAGCGACUCGCCCGUAACGGCGCUGCUCGCCCGGCUGGCGCCAAGACCUCUGCUCUCCCUGUUGCGCCCCCAAGCCUCGAGGCGGCUGCUCCCAAUGGCGCUGCCCCUCCAAAUACCAGCACGAUAGUACCGCCGCUGCCGUCGCCCAACUCCAUCCGACGUAGGCGACCCUCGGAUCUCGUCGCACCGGAGAUUACGUAUCACGUUCCCCAGGCGAACCAGCAUGGCCGGCUCUCUUCAUUAGUGAGGCCUCAUGGGCCUUCUGCGCCGCCUCCAAGACUAGAUAAAAUAGCGACCACCCCAAUGGUCAUUACGCCGGUGCUACCGCCCAAGCCACCGACAUUGCCCGUGUCCGACCGACCGCCGCCGAGAACAGAUCGCAAUAUUGACAAGGUUGUUCUGGGAAACCUUUGCUUCCGGACGUGGUAUCCGAGUUACUACGGCAAAGAAGUGCUGGGAGCUACAUCGGGCAACGCAAAGGGAGGCAGCAAGGACGGCCCCGCGGAGACGGGCGGAAAGGCGCCGGCAAAGAAAGAAAAGGACGGCGCUCCCAUGCUAGAGAGGCUGUACGUCUGCCCUUGUUGCUUCAAAUAUGCCAAAGAGCUUGUGGCUUGGUGGGGUCAUGUCAAGCUAUGCCAGCAGCGAGCUCAUGUGCCAGGGAAGAAGGUCUAUGUCCAUCCCAAAGGCAGACGGAUGGUGUAUGUUGCGCAGGAUGGCAGCAGCAGGGGCCCGGGACAGAAGAAGCGGCGAGGGGAGGGAAACAUACGCUACGUGGAGGAAAUCGUGCAGGAUGAAGGCGAAUGGAGCCUUUGGGAGGUGGAUGGAGAGCAGGAUGUGCUCUUCUGCCAGAAUCUAUCGCUCUUUGCCAAACUCUUCUUGGAUAACAAGUCAGUCUUCUUUGACGUGACUGGCUUUAACUACUUCCUGUUGGUAUAUACACCACCAACGGCGGCGGCACCGUCUGGCACGGCUACUCCUCCUGUAACACCACAAAUCACAGGUUUCUUCUCAAAGGAAAAGAUGUCAUGGGAUAACAACAACUUGGCAUGCAUUCUCAUGUUCCCCCCCUGGCAACGCAAGGGUCUUGGUGCCCUUCUGAUGGGCGCCUCCUACGAAAUCUCUCGACGAGAAGGCAUCAUGGGUGGGCCUGAGAAACCUAUAUCUGAUCUGGGUAAGAAGGGAUAUCAACGUUUUUGGGCUGGGGAGAUUGCUCGUUGGCUACUUGGCCUCGAAAUCGCCCCGGCGGAUUCAGAAGACGCCUCGGAAACACUGGUGGACGUUGAAAAUUGCAGCCAAGCGACAUGGAUCUCAUCAGAGGACUGUCUGAGCGUGUUGAGGGAUAUGGGUGUGGUCGAGGAUGCAGGUAUCGGGCCCGGAAAGCCGGAACCUAAGAAGAAACAAGCCGCCGGCGAAGAGGAAGGGAAACAGAGCGGUAAGAGAGCAUCAGCCGAGGCUGAAGAUGAGAAACAGCAGCCGAAACCGGUCGUCAAGCAGGUUCCUCGUGUCCGACUUGACAAGGAAGCGGUACGGCGAUAUGUGGCGGCUCAUCGAAUCAUCUUGGACAAGACGUGUGAUCCAAACGGGUUUAUAGAAGGAUAUGCUGUGAAGAGGGCCGAGAAGGCGUCAAGCGAAAGUGUGGAAUCCAGAGAU